CCGCGAGGUGCGAGCGCGCGCCUCCCCGCGCACGCCGGCCCCGCCGCAGCCCCGCAGGAUGACGGGGUGCUGGCGGCCCGCGGCCGUAGCGCGGCCGCUGUGGCGGCGGCAGUUCGCGGGGCGCUGAGGGGCGAGCACCCCGACGCGGACCAGGCGCCGCUUCCUCCCCGGCUGUGCGCCCGGGGCCUCCUUGGCUUUUUGUAUUUGGAUUUUUUCUUUUUUCUUUUCUCCAGCCGAGAGGACGCGGCUGUGAUAACGAAGAUCUUGUGUGGACAGUAAUGACCGCACGUUUCCGAUUGCCUGCUGGCAGAACCUACAAUGUCCGAGCAUCAGAGUUGGCCCGAGACAGACAGCAUACAGAGGUGGUUUGCAACAUUCUUCUUCUGGAUAACACUGUACAGGCUUUCAGAGUUAAUAAACAUGAUCAGGGACAAGUUCUGUUGGAUAUAGUCUUCAAGCAUCUUGAUUUGACUGAGCGAGACUAUUUUGGUUUACAGUUGGCUGAUGAUUCCACAGAUAACCCAAGGUGGCUGGAUCCAAACAAACCAAUAAGGAAGCAGCUAAAGAAGCUCUUUUUGUUAAUUUUAGGAGGAUCUCCUUACAGUUUGAACUUUAGAGUCAAAUUCUUUGUAAGUGACCCCAACAAGUUACAAGAAGAAUACACAAGGUAUCAGUAUUUUUUGCAAAUUAAGCAAGACAUUCUUACUGGAAGAUUGUCCUGUCCUUAUAAUACUGCUGCCCUUUUAGCUUCAUUUGCUAUUCAGUCUGAACUUGGAGAUUACAAUCAGUCAGAAAACUUGCCAGGCUACCUCUCAGAUUAUUCUUUCAUUCCUAAUCAACCUCAAGAUUUUGAAAAAGAAAUUGUGAAGUUACAUCAACAACACAUUGGCUUGUCUCCUGCAGAAGCAGAAUUUAAUUACCUAAACACAGCACGUACCUUAGAACUCUAUGGAGUUGAAUUCCACUAUGCAAGGGAUCAAAGUAACAAUGAAAUCAUGAUUGGAGUGAUGUCAGGAGGAAUUCUGAUUUACAAGAACAGAAUACGUAUGAAUACCUUUCCAUGGUUGAAGAUUGUAAAAAUUUCUUUUAAAUGCAAACAAUUUUUUAUUCAACUUAGAAAAGAAUUGCAUGAAUCUAGAGAAACAUUGCUGGGAUUUAACAUGGUGAACUACAGAGCAUGUAAAAAUUUGUGGAAAGCAUGUGUAGAACAUCACACAUUCUUCCGCCUGGAUAGACCACUUCCACCUCAAAAGAAUUUUUUUGCACAUUAUUUUACCCUGGGUUCCAAAUUCCGGUACUGUGGGAGAACUGAAGUCCAGUCAGUUCAAUAUGGCAAAGAAAAGGCAAAUAAAUACAGGGUAUUUGCAAGAUCUCCAAGUAAGCCUUUGGCACGAAAAUUAAUGGACUGGGAAGUAGUUAGCAGAAAUUCGUUAUCUGAUGACAGGUUAGAAACACAAAGCCUCCCAUCCCGGUCUCCACCUGGAACUCCCAAUCAUCGGAAUUCUGCAUUCGCACAAGAAGGCACCCGGGUCCGGCCGUCUUCUGUUGGUCAUUUAGUAGACCAUGUGGUUCAUACAUCCCCCAGUGAUGAUUUUGUAAAUCAGAGAUCUCCAUCUUCAACACAAGCUAAUAGCAUAGUUCUGGAAUCAUCACCAUCACAAGAGACCCCUGAAGAUGGGCAGCCUCCAGCUUUACCACCCAAACAAUCUAAGAAAAACAGUUGGAACCAAAUUCAUUUUUCCCGCUCUCAGCAAGAUCUAGUCAACCAGAGUAAUGAAACCUUUGAUGUGCCCUCUUCCCCUGAAAAGUCCACUCCUAAUGGUGGCAUUCCACAUGAUAAUCUUGUUCUAAUCAAAAUGAAACCUGAUGAAAAUGGAAGGUUUGGGUUCAAUGUAAAGGGAGGAUAUGAUCAGAAGAUGCCUGUAAUUGUGUCCCGAGUAGCACCAGGAACACCUGCUGACCUAUGUGUCCCUCGAUUGAAUGAAGGGGACCAAGUGGUACUGAUUAAUGGUCGGGACAUUGCAGAACAUACCCAUGAUCAAGUAGUCUUGCUUAUUAAAACUAGCUGUGAGAGACAUUCUGGGGAACUUGUGCUUCUAGUUCGACCUAAUGCUGUAUAUGAUGUAGUAGAAGAAAAACUGGAAAGUGAGCCAGACUUCCAGUAUAUUCCUGAGAAAGCCCCAUUAGAUAAUGUCCAUCAAGAUGACCAUUCCCUGCGGGAGUCAAUGAUUCAGCUAGCUGAGGGGCUUAUCACUGGAACAGUACUGGCACAGUUUGAUCAACUGUAUCGGAAAAAACCUGGAAUGACAAUGACUUGUGCCAAAUUACCUCAGAACAUUUCCAAAAAUAGAUACAGAGAUAUUUCGCCUUAUGAUGCUACACGGGUCCUUUUAAAAGGUAAUGAAGACUACAUCAAUGCAAACUAUAUAAAUAUGGAAAUUCCUUCUUCAAGUAUUAUAAAUCAGUACAUUGCUUGUCAAGGGCCAUUACCACACACUUGUAAAGAUUUUUGGCAAAUGACUUGGGAACAAGGCUCCUCCAUGGUUGUGAUGUUGACCACACAAGUUGAACGUGGCAGAGUUAAAUGUCAUCAGUAUUGGCCAGAACCCACAGGAAGCUCAUCUUAUGGAUGCUAUCAAGUCACCUGUCACUCGGAAGAAGGAAACCCUGCCUAUAUCUUCAGGAAGAUGACACUGUUUAACCAAGAGAAAAAUGAAAGUCGUCAACUCACUCAGAUUCAGUACACAGCCUGGCCUGACCAUGGAGUACCUGAUGAUUCAAGUGACUUUCUGGAUUUUGUUUCUCAUGUCCGAAAUAAGAGGGCUGGAAAGGAAGAACCAAUUGUUGUUCAUUGCAGUGCUGGAAUUGGAAGGACUGGGGUUCUUAUUACUAUGGAAACUGCCAUGUGUCUCAUUGAAUGCAAUCAGCCAGUUUAUCCACUAGAUAUUGUAAGAACAAUGAGAGAUCAAAGAGCCAUGAUGAUCCAAACACCUAGUCAAUACAGAUUUGUCUGUGAAGCUAUUUUGAAAGUAUAUGAAGAAGGCUUUGUUAAACCCUUAACAACACCAUCAAAUAAAUAAGAAAGCAAAAAGAUUAGGAUAAGUGUUGGGAAACUGAUUUUUGUUACAUUCACUGUGCCAUAAUGCUGCUUGCAGGAAAUGGCAUCUCACACAAAAAAAGAGAACUCAAACAAACUUUGAAAACUUCAGCACUAUUGCACUUUAUGUUUAAAAAAGUCACUCAAAACCUAUAACUCAUAUGUUUGACUAUUUUGUGCUUUGCUCUGAACAAAUAGUGGGAACUGAAUAUGUUCAGGGUAGUUUAUGGAAUUUCGAGGUGGUGCCAUGCUGUCCCCUCUGGUGGAAUUGCCCCAGACAAGGCUCAGAAUUCUCAUCUCUGUUACACACCUAUACCUGAAAGCAAAAAGGAGUGAACAUCAGGAGUCUGCUCUGGUCUUUCCAGUGGUUCAUGUACUUACUCUACUGAUUACCAGAUUUUAUUUUCCAAGCGUUAGCAAUACCAUUCUCAACAUUAGCCAGUACACUGCCUGUGGAUGCAGCACAUCCUCCCUGACAUCCCAGUAGGAACCUGCUGUUGAGAAGAAAAGUGGGACUUGCUGUUCCCAGGAAAUGCUGCACAGUGUCCAUUUACCAGCAUCUUAUAGAAGCUAUAUCUAUGAAUCUAUGGAUUUUCUUGGAUUUAAUAAUGUAACUUAUAUUUAUCAUAAGGUUGGCUUAUUCCAAAUCAUGUGAUUUCACAUUCUUGAUGUAAAGGAAUGCAUGCAUUGUGUCUUAACCCCUUAAGUGCCUUGAAUUAUCUUUGUCUAAUGAAAAGGCACUCAUUUGACCCAAUAGGAGGUAUGCAUACUAUACAUUCUUAUAGUUUUAUGAAUUUUUAAUAGGUUCACAGUGUUAAAAAAAAAACAUCUUCUUAUGUUGAGAGUUAUACAAAGAAGGGUAAGGAAAUUCUGUAUCUUUUUUGUUGUUGUUGUUGGUUUUUUGUUUGUUUGUUUGUUUGUUUUACGAGACAGGGUUUCUCUGUAUUGUUUUUGAGGCUGUGGGUCCAGCCUGGCCUCGAACUCACAGAGAUCCACCUGCCUCUGCCUCCCGAGUGCUGGGAUUAAAGGCGUGCGCCACCACUGCCCGGCGGAAAUUCUGUGUCUUACUCAGUGCUUGCUUGUACUUUGCCAUAAAAGCCAGAAUGUCUGAGUUCUGCUGAGAGUGCAUUCUGCUGCCAUGGAAUUGUUCACAAUCUGUACAUUCCUUUAUUGAGGGACAGGAGUUAAAGUUCAGCAGCUUAACUUAAAAAGAGAGUUCAUUCUUCAGAUUUCAUAAUUACUUUCCCCCUAACUUAAAAAGUGAUGUUUAACAUGUACAUUAACACUCUAAGCUACAGUUACAAAGGUAAUUAUUUGGGUUUAUUCCUGUCUCUAACUGAAGUAUUUCCCUCCAGCACUCUUUCCAGUUCAUAUCAGGCUGUAUUCACAAUGGUCUUUCUUUCAUUUUUAAUUUUUACUUUAUUUUUUGAGUGUUGUUUUGUUUCUUUCAAGACAGAGUUUCUCUGUGUAACAGUCCCAGCUUCCCUGGAACUCUAUCUGCAGACCAGGCUGGCCUUGAACUCAUGCAGAGCUGCCUGCCUCUGCCACCUGAGUGCUGGGAUUAAAGGCAUAUGCCUGGCCAUACUGGUCUUUUCAUUGAAAUUCUUCAGAUAAGUAAUUAAAAACAAUUGACUUCUUCUAAAUGUGACUCCCAAGAUAGGAAAAUGUAGGUUUUCUUGUCAUUUUUGUAUACAAUUAUAUUAUCUAGUUUAUAUAUGUCUAUUAAAUUAUAAGCAUGUUUAGUGAGGCUUUUAAUUGUCCAUCUUGACUGAAGAUACAACUCCUAUUACAGAUAUGUGUAUUUUCCUUGUCAGCUUUAUCUGUUUUUAAAUCUAUGGAGAUGGAUCUUUAAAAUUGCCCAAUUUAAUGUGAGAAUUUGCUUACCUAGUCAAAUGAUAUUUAUAUGGGUAUAGUUAAAAUAGGCACAUUUGCUAAUGGUUUCAGAAUAUUUCUGUAGUCUUGAUAAAACAUAGAUUCCAAUAGUAAGUAUUUUGGACAACUAUUUAAUUGGAUGGGUGACAUACAUUUACAAAUCUUUAGUAAAAUCUAAAUUAUCAAUUCACAUAUUCAGAAUCCAUGAUAGUAAAAUUCAGAAGUUAAACUCUAAACAUUAAUGGCCAGCAUGCCAAAUAAAUUAUCAUUUACAAAUAUUGUGUCUUAUUUUUUAAAGAGAGACGUAAACAUAAUCUUUAUGUCAAACAGAAGUCCUCCUAUUCUUAUUUCACAUGCAAGACAAUAUAUGAUAGUGAACAAUAGUUUCACUCAGACAUUCCAUUUUCUACCAGAGGCAAAAGUAAUUUAGGCUAGUAGGAUAGAUAUCAUUACAAGUUAAAAAGGGAAAUCAAGUUGGAGAUCUAUACAUUAUAGAGCUACUUUAUUCCCUUGGUGGACUUUAGUCUAGAUUUUAAAUGUCUGCCUUUGCCAUGUGGAUAGAAUGUGACGACCAUAGGCAAAAGAAGAAACGCUGUGUAGAAGUAAAAAUGCAAUGUCAUGAUUCCCUUGCUCUUUAACUUUUUGGUUUGUUCACACCUCUGUAGUUAACAGUGAUGUUGGCAAUGAGCAUUGCUGCCUUUUAAAUCACUGAUGCUUGUCAGUAAGUGACAAGUGUAGACUUAAAUUUAAAUUUCUCAUCGGAGAACUGUCCUCUAUCAGUAUUUUACAUGUAAAAACAGUCCUUUUAGAAUAUUUGUUAGAAUCUUAAGCUAAAAUUACCCUUCACAAAUUGUUAAUAUGGAUAUGCUAAUUAAACUUUCUUAGUUAUCUAACCUAUAACACUGUCUUUUGCACCUAAGCAUUUAAUCAGUUUAUUAAUCUAAAUAGAUUUCUAGAAAUAAUGAUAGUUUUCAUAGCCAAGUAGUGCUAGACUUCAUACAUACUAAUGUAAUAUUAUGUGACGGAGAAAAAAUUUCUUGAAUUAAAGUACUUUUCCAUUUCCCUAGCCACCCUUAGAACCAAACCCUGACAAACUAAAGAAAGAAUGCAUUUAUUCUGACAAAUGAAAAUCAAUAUUGGUGAAUUAGGGACUUUUGUAGAUGCUAAAUAGUAAAUGUGAAAUUUUCCCUUUCUGAAUUUAGAUAAUUUUUCUAUGCUUCUUUCAAGGAUUUUAUUGAGCAUCUGGUUUUCAUCAGCACUGUCUAGAUACUCUGUAGUAAUAUUUUGCAGUAGACUAUGCAUUCACAAAAAGAAUAGGUUGUACUUGUUAAACUAAUCCACCACUCAAGAGUGAGGCAGAAUAAACAGCCCCCCAGAAAACUUUUUGUGUAGCCAACUGGGGCAAGUAAUUGGAAAAGGACAAUAACUGAUCAUUUUGACCUAAGAAUAAAGAUAACAUUGUAUGAAAAUUGCACAAAGUUAUGCUGAGCCAUUAAGACAGUUAUUUGAAGGUUUGGGGUACUACUGUGCAUGCCUUCAUAGAAAAACAUCAGUGCAUUGGUUUGCAUGUGUACUUCAUAAAGAAAGUCCAGAGACUGAGUGAACUUUAACCAUGGGGUUGUUUAUAUCUCUUGGCAGGUCUUAACCAAAUCUAAUUCGUUAUUUGAGCAAAAAAUUUCUUGUCUCACUACACUUAAGAGCUAUAAGAAGUUGAAAGAUCUUUGUCCAAUCUCUACUUUCUUAUGAUAGGAAGGACAAGUGCCCAGCAAUUAAUUUAAUAGAAUUUGGUCAUCUUCAAGUUUUCUAAUUCUCAAUCUAGAGAAUUGUUGGUAUAUUAGACUAGAACUUCAGUAAAUUGUGAAUAUGAUAUUUUAUCUAUUUCUACCUGGGAAGCACGCUCAGUAUUGUCACUUUGAAACUUUGACACCCGUAGGAAUUUGAAAGUAGGCUUCAAAAGUGAUGCCAAUUAGGACUUGGGAUAAGUUUGCUAGUUAUGCUUCCCUAACAGAUGACUAUAAGCUGUUGUGAAGUAUUUAGGCUGAUAAACAUAUAGUAGGCAAACUGAACUGCAAGUAGGAAGGCAGUUUUAAAGCACUUAAAACAAAGAACUGAGAUUUACAACUUAUAUCUACUUGCAAAAUUAUUUAUAUUCAUAAUGUGAACGUGAUAAAAUUGAAGUAUGACUUGUUUAUCAGGAACAGAGAAGGAAACAUGAAUUUAUAGCAAUAUGCUAUCUAAUGUUUGUGCUUUGAAUAUUUAAAAUACUCUGAUGGUAAAGUUGCCAAAGUAGUUUUGAAUUCAUGUAAGUUGUUUAUACCACAAUAAUGUGGGAUAUGUUUACAGGCUCUUUAUAGUACUUAUUUUGUAGUUCUGAUGAAUUUGUAUUUAAGCCAUUUAUAGUAAAUAUGUGAUGAUAAAUAUUUGCUGGAAUAAACAUCUCAGUAAUAUAGCAAAUCAUAUCUAAAUGAUCCCAUAGUCUGCUUUCAUACAAGGUGCUGCAUCCACAAAGCAAGUACUUUGUGUUAACAUUUCUCAUGUCCCACAUUUGCACCAACCAUCCAACUGCCAUUCCUGGAGCCAUUUGUGGUGCUUCCUCCUAGCCAAACAGCUGUCACUAUGUUAUCAGUGGAUUGAAUUUAUCAAAUAUUUACAAUUACUGGUCUGUGUGCAAAUAUUCACUUGUGUCUCAGUGUGAUCAAAAACUGUAGUGAAUUUUGUGAAAUUCUUAGAGAAUUAUUAUAUAUAUAAAGAAAUUUACAUAAUCUUAACUUUUGAGGGCUAAUUGCUAAUAGAUAAUUUCAUCAAUUUUGAGAGUACAAGAAAUCAGUCCCAAAAUUGUAUGUUUUGGGUUCUGCUUUUUACCACAAAUUUUGUUUUUCAUGGAUUUCAUUUACUCUAAGUAGUAGUUACUAUAAUAAACUUCUCUAUGUUAACAGAAAUAGGAACCCAUGUAUUCCAGCCCAUAAUUAACUUUAUUUCCAUGCCCUAGGUGAAUUUGUUUUGAGUUCAUACCAUAAAGUUACUUUGUUUCCGUAUAUAAAUGUGUUGCUGCUUAUUUUAUGAUUUUCUACUAUGAUAUACUGUUGAUUUCUAAAGUUUUGUUAAUUUUUUAGUUCUCCAAAGCUAAAUGGACAGCCAUUAGUCAUAGCUGCUUGACAGCAGUUCAUCAAUGUUAGCUAGGUAUGCAUACACAAGUAAGCCAGUAGUACUUUUAAUUGCAGAACGGUAUUAGCAAUAUUGCAAGUUAAAAGCUACACGAUUAAGGAAGAGUUCAAAUGUUUAGCUUUCUGGAACCUUGUGAAAUUUCCAGUAUAAGAAUGAAAAAGAAAACCUUGUUAAAGUCAUAAAGGUUUCAAUUAAACAUUGUAGAGUUUUCCUAUUAUUAUGUAAAUGAUAUACAGAAAAUAUUUUUCUAUGAACAGAAGGUUAAUAAAACUGUUAACUUUAAUUUCAUUGUUUAAAAGGGAUAAAACAAUAUUGGUAUGUCUUUCAUGCUGUAAAGAAAAUGAAUGUAUCUUUCAAAUGUUACAGUUACUACUUGAGUCUAAGUAUAUUGUGUUUUAAAAAAGAGAGAGAUCUGCAAAGGACUGAAAAGAGUGUUACAAGUCAUUAUGUAAAAUGCAUUGUUGGAAGAAAUGGAAUUUUGUUAUAAAUGGUCACUGUCAAAGCA